CGCCGGAAGAGAAGGCGGUCUCUCUCUCGGCCCGGCCAUCUUGUGGGGACGAGCUGAAGCAGGCGCCGUCGGCUCGGCGCGGCCCGCUGCAAUCCGUGGAGGAACGCGCCGCCGGGGCCCCAUCAUGCCCGGCCACCUGCAGGAAGGCUUCGGCUGCGUCGUCACCAACCGGUUCGACCAGCUAUUUGACGACGAAUCGGACCCCUUCGAGGUGCUGAAGGCGGCGGAGAACAAGAAGAAGGAAGGCGGCGGCGGCGGCGGCGGCGGGGGCGGCGGCGGGCCCGGGCCCAAGAGCGCGGCGCAGGCCGCGGCCCAGGCCGGCGCGGGCGGCGGCGGCGGCGGCGGGGGCGCGCCCGGGAAGCCGCUGCGCAAGGAGUCGCAGAAGGACCGCAAGAACCCGCUGCCGCCGCCGCCCGCGCCGCCCAGCGCGGCCGCCGCCGCCGCCGGCUCCGCCACGGCCGCCGCCGGCGCCGCCGACAAGAAGGACGAGGCGCCGCUGCCGCCCGCCGCGCUCAAGAAGGAAGGGAUCCGGCGCGUGGGGAGGAGGCCCGAGCAGCAGCUGCAGGGCGAGGGGAAGCCCAUUGACAGGAGACCCGAGAGGCGGCCCCCGCGGGAGCGGCGCUUCGAGAAGUCCGCCGAGGAGAAGGGGGAAGGAGGGGAGUUCUCUGUGGACAAACCCAUCAUGGACCGGCCGAUGCGGGGCCGCGGCGGCCCCGGGGGAAGAGGACGCGGCGGGCGCGGCCGGGGCAUGGGCCGAGGAGACGGCUUUGACUCCCGCGGAAAGAGGGAGUUCGACAGGCAUAGUGGAAGCGAUAGAUCUUCUUUCUCACAUUCGCAUUUCAGCGGCCUGAAGCACGAGGACAAGCGCGGAGGGAGCGGCUCGCACAACUGGGGCACUGUCAAAGACGAGCUGACUGACUUGGAGCAAACCACUGUGACCGAGGAGACACCUGAAGGAGAAGAGCAUCCAGUGGCUGAUACAGAAAAUAAAGAAAACGAAGUUGAAGAGGUGAAGGAGGAAGGCCCGAAGGAGAUGACCUUGGAUGAAUGGAAGGCGAUCCAAAACAAGGACCGGGCAAAAGUAGAAUUUAAUAUCCGCAAACCCAACGAGGGCGCCGACGGGCAGUGGAAGAAGGGCUUUGUGCUCCACAAGUCCAAGAGCGAGGAGGCUCACACUGAAGAAUCUGUGAUGGAUCAUCACUUCCGCAAGCCCGCCAAUGAUAUCACAUCCCAGCUGGAGAUCAAUUUUGGAGAUCUUGGUCGCCCGGGACGUGGCGGCAGAGGCGGGCGAGGUGGGCGCGGACGUGGCGGACGACCCAACCGCGGAAGCAGAACUGACAAGUCCAGCGCUUCUGCUCCUGACGUAGAUGACCCAGAGGCUUUCCCAGCUCUGGCCUAAACUGGACGUCCUAAGCCAACCCUGGUUCCUUUGUGGACCCUCCUCCACGAGGCUUGCAUGCUUAACGAUCCUAAACGACUAAGAAAUUUUAAAAAAAGACUGUCAUUCAUACCAUUCACACCUAAAGACUGAAUUUUAUCUGUUUUGAAAAUGAACUUCUCUCGCUACACAGAAGCAACAAUAUGGUAGUCAGUUUUGUAUUUAGAAAUGUAAUGGUAGCAGGGAUGUUUUCAUAAUUUUCAGAGAUUAUGCAUUCUUCAUGGAUACUUUUUUGUAUUGCUGCUUGAAAAUAUGCAUUUCCAAACUUGAAAUAUAGGUGUGAACAGUGUGUACCAGUUAAAGCUUUCAUUUCAUUUGUGUUUUUUAAUUAAGGAUUUUAGAUGUUUUCCCACAACUACAAACUGGUUUUAAAUAUUGGACAUCAUUUGUUUUCUCUAGUCCCUGCUUUGCAGUUUGUCACGUGGUCAAAUGGGACAUGUACACUUAAUUUGGCAAACUUGAUGCUGUGUGGAAUACUAACUUCCUGGAGUAUUUUAACUUAGUUUUAAUCAUUUCAGUCUUGGAAAGACUGUCGUGGUAGCUGUCAUGUAUGCUAAAUGUUUCUAUACAGAUAAUAUCAGUACUUGAAGAGAUUCCAAGCACAUUGGUCGAGUCACGUAACUUUUGAUCCAGCAGUCAUGCAUGGUUCAUUAGGCAAAAGUUAGGCCCUAUUCACCCUUCCAGCUAUCUACACACUUGGAUGUGAAAAUUCUCUCAAUUUAAAAACAAAAAAAAGAAUUAAGAUUAUUUGUUUGGUAAGUUGUUUAAACUACUUACUCUUGGUGAGACAAAUAACCCCGUCAUGUAAGAUAGGUAUAUGUGUGUGGGGAGGGAUAUUCUAUAGGGAGGGGUGGGAGAUGGGCUUGAUUCGGUUAAUGCAGCAUAUUUGAACUACUGCAGAUUAAGUGGCCAUUCGGUAUGAUUUAUAUGUCCAGGUUUGAUGGGAAAAAAUGUACUUUCCAUUAUUUGGAAGCCGUGUUCUGAAGAAACCAAAGGCGCUUGCUAACUUGGGGAAGAGGGAAUAUUUUAAUUUCCUGAAAGAGAAAAGCAGACUGUUUUGAAAUGGUGAGAACUACAGCAUGCUGCCUGAAAUACAUACCAAAAACCUCUUACUGUUUUCUGAAUUUGCUAUAUUGCUUCCAUUUCUGGUGUCCAGUUGCUGACAGAUGAAUGUGUUUAUUUUCUCCCCUCUCCCCAUGAGAACUUCUCCCUUCUGGAAAAUUAGGUUAAUAAUUUAUCCCUGUGAAAAGGAGCAUCACCACUUUCUAAAGACUGAAUUUGGAGUUAGCAACUAAUAAAGUUUGUUGGUUGUUGUUUUUUUUUUUUUUGCCACAUUUGUUAGGAUAUUAGGAAACAGGAUUUUCAUUUAAUGUUAAAUACUUAAACAAUUCAUUUGUAUUUUUUUUAAACGAGGUAGUUAGGAAAACAAAUAAUGCCCUAUUUUAAAAAAAUAAUGUACAGAACAGCCAAGUAUUAGAAAACUGAAUAUGAAAACAAACUCUGGCUUGCUUAACUAGACUUUUUCUACAGAAAAGUUACUUGUGCAAAAGUAUUAACACACGUGUAUUGAUUCUUUAAUGCAUUUACUUCAUUUAAUCUCUAAAAAGGAGAAUAAGUACAGUAAGGAACUAGAUUUUCACUCGCGUGAUCUUUCUGUGCUGGUGUUAGUCAAUCUUGACACUAAGCAUGUUCUUUCUGCAUUGGUGCUAACAUAGAACAAUCUCCUUCGAGUACCUGAUGUUAAGAGAUGUAAAUAGAAAUCCUCUGGGGAUUGCACAAAUAUAGCCUAGGCUAAUCGAGGUGGUCGCUUCUUCAGAACAUGGUCUACUGGCCAGCCACUUGGUGACUGUUUCCAAAGCACAUAUGUCUAAAACUGCUAGUGUUCAGACAGCACUUUCUCGUUCCAACUUUAUUGGUUACUGUUUUCAUUGUUACCUUAGCCCUUCAGACUCUUAAUACAAGCAAAUAAAGGCUUGAAUCCAUGGUUCUGUCCCAGAAAUAACCUCCCUGUUGACAAACCAGACCACAGAGCAAUAUUUGGGUUAAUAUGUCACAUAUAUAACGAUUUUCAAGCCAGCGUGUACUUUAAAGUUGGUCGAUCUGUUUCUCUGAUAGAUGUAAAUUUGCCUCUUGGUUCAUUUUGUGUCGCGCUAAAACUGUGAACAUAUCUCUUUGGUGGGUGAAAACUGAAAAUAAAGGUUUAUUUUCAUGCUCUCUUUAAAAAGUCAUGAAAACAAUUUGAAA